UGCUAUUCAGUUUCGGCGAUUCCCGCGUAUCUACGUGACAGGUAAUGUAGACUAGUUCUCCCCUUUUUCUUAUUCCCGUAUUUCCCCUUUCUAUCUUCUUCACUCUCACUCCAGUCUUCACCGACUGGGAAUCGGUGCAUUCACAUACUGGAACCCUCAAUCCUUCACUAUCCUUUAGCGUAACAAAUUGCAAUGAGUUCUCAGGACAACGUCAAUCCAUUCGCUAAUGGUUCAGGUGCUACUGGCUCAAAGUUCCGCCUCCCUUCCUUUGGGUUUGGUCAAAAACAACAUGAUGCCACUGUUGAUGUGCCAUUGGAAACCAUGAAUAAUUCUAUUAGAGAAAAAGAAAUUGCUGAUUGGGAGGCUGACCUCAGAAGGAGAGAGUUGGAUAUUAAGAAGAGAGAAGAUGCUGUUUCUGCAGCUGGUAUCCCUACUGACGAUAGAAAUUGGCCACCUUUCUUUCCAAUUAUACACCAUGACAUAGCCAAUGAAAUACCUGUUCAUGCUCAAAAGUUGCAGUAUUUGGCAUUUGCAAGUUGGUUAGGUAUAGUUUUUUGUCUUGUAUACAAUAUAGUUGCAAUCAUCGUCUGUUGGAUUAAGGGAGGAGGUGUCAAAAUUUUUUUCCUUGCAUCGAUAUAUGCUUUACUUGGUGUUCCCCUGUCAUAUGUUUUGUGGUAUCGGCCACUUUAUCGCGCAAUGAGGACAGAUAGUGCCUUCAAAUUUGGCUGGUUUUUCUUGUUCUACAUGCUCCACAUUCUUUUUUGUAUCUUUGCUGCAAUUGCUCCCCCAAUUGUGUUUCAUGGGCAGUCUUUCACGGGCAUUCUUGCAGCAAUUGAUGUGUUUCCUCAUAGUGUUCUAGUUGGGGUCUUCUACUUGGUUGGAUUUGCCUUCUUUUGCUUGGAAUCACUCCUGAGCUUGUGGGUUCUUCAGAAAAUUUACAUGUAUUUCCGGGGGCACAAGUAGGAUUCAUACAUAAGAUCUUCAUUUGGUUUGAAUUAUAAUCUCUCUUUCCCAUCCAAACCCACAUAAGAGAGCUCUGUUUUUUACGGCAUGCUAUUCUAAUAGGAAAACUUUAGUUUUAGUUUGUGCAUACCAUGUAAAAAUGUGAGACCUCUGUUUAUCAUUCAUUUUGCUUUUUGUAGUGUUUUUUCUAUCUCCUUAAGGAUUCUCAUUUUUCGUUUGUAAAAUGAGACAGAAAGAACUCAUGGUGAUUUGAGUGUGCACAAAAUACUUGGUUUUGCAGCCUUUAAAUGAUAAUUUUAUUUUGUCACUA